AUGGCUGAUGUCAAGGCAAACGCGGAGGCCCUGGUGCCCAAGUUCAAGCUUGGCCGUGUCCUCAACCAAGAUCAAGCAGGUCGGCGUGUCUCUCUUUACGGAUCUAUCGACGACAACCCAGCUCUCCUGAUCCUUGAGCGUGCCCCGUUUUCUACCUCACAGAAAUACCUCGCCGAUGUGCCUGCUCAGCUCGCACGGGUGCAGAACUUGGGUGCCAACGAUAUAUACCACUGGUACAUGGGUCGCAGCGGUGCCGGGACAAGCAAGCCUGACGACUCAGACUUCUUCGCUGACCUGAAGAUCAAUCUGAUCUACCCAUGCACCGAGACACAUAUCAAAAAGUACAGCAAGCAGGGGGUACGUUUUGUCACAGAAACACCAGAGAUUUACAGAAACCACAUUCAACCGUAUAUGCUCAGCAAGAGAGAACAAGGAAGACUCAAUUGGGUAUUCAACAUUAUCGAAGGACGUAAAGAGGUGGAAGAUGUUAUCUACAGAACAAAGCUGGGCGAGGCGGGCGACGAAGGUUUCCUGAUGUUGCCGGACCUUAACUGGGACCGCAAGACGCUAGAUGCGCUGCAUCUACUCGCGCUGGUUGAGCGACGGGACAUCUGGUCGCUGAGAGACCUUCGCAAAAAGCACAUUCCCUGGCUACAGCACAUGAAGACCCGCCUUAUUGAUGCCACCGUUGAGACGUAUCCGUCCAUCGAACCAGACCAGCUCAAGCUCUACGUGCACUACCAGCCAACGAGAGGCGAGUGA